AUGAAUUGUUUGGAUUCUGCCGAAAUACCAAGCAUUCAGCCUUUUGAUGUGGAUACAUUCGAGGACGAGGAACAUCUUGGCAAUGAAAGCGACAUCGGGGCUAUGCAGAUAUGCGGGUUCCACCCCAAGACCGGUUCUCCACUUCAGGCAGCAACGCCAAUUUCAAUAGAGGAGCAGGAGUUGGCUUGGGAGCAAUGCAGCGCUGUGUACAACGUGGCACUAGUAACAGUCGUUGGCGUAGUAAUUCUUGUACAUUUGGCCUUCCUCUUCUAUGCCCUUUGGGGUGCGAUCAAGCGCGCUUGCGUCAACCAGACACAUCUGCGAACUGAAGGAGUCGAUGUUGUUGGAGAGGACGAGACACCCCUCACUUACACGCCCGAAUACGUGUGGUACGUUAAGGAUGGAAAACUACCUCUGAAAGGACUGACACAGGAGGACUUUAUUGACUUUGAACGCUAUGCUCACUUUGUCUAUGCACAGUCACAUGAGUCCUAG